AUGACCACUUUCGACGCUGAAACCUUUGCCUUCCUUUCCUCCAUCAAGAAGCCCACAAUCGAAGACGGAGUAAUCCGCACAAGACUUCUCGAUAUGGUGAACAAUCUCCAAGCUCCCCACCCUUACGAAAUUAUGCAAUGGCUUCAAAUGCGAGAGUUCCGAAACUUUGCAUUUGAUAACCUGAGGGUUGAUUGUGUCAAGACCUGGGCUGGCUACAAAACUGAAGUCCACUUCUUGUGGAUUUUCCUUCGCCUAGGAAGAUUUAUCGCGGAGAUGCUUGGCCAAGAAAGGUUUGAAUGCACAGUCGGUGGUACCUGCUACCAGUGCCCUAGGCCUGAAGUUGAUAAGAUGGAUUUAGAGUACAGCUAUGAUCAGUGGGCAAAUGAGAUAGACGAUAUGUCGGUCGACAUGAUUUUUGAAGAUGAAGAUUUGUUGAUGUAA